AUGCUAAUUUUUUUUAUUUUUUGUUCGUUUCGGUAGUUUUAAAGUAUUUUGAUAAUGUUGAAUCAUUGAAUGAUGUACGAUGUCUUAUAACUAAUUUGGUUAUUUAUGAAAGAAAUAACAGUAAUUCGGUGAAAAAUGGUUUUCAAAUCUUGCUUAAGAUUGUGUCAGAUAAUAUCUAAAGAAAUUCCAGGCGCUAUUCCUACAAAUGAAGCUUUUCGCCUGCCUCCUCUACCUUCGCCUCGAGAUCUUUUAAGACUUUACAAGAUCCGUGCUCAACGAAAGCUGUCGCAGAACUUUCUGUUAGAUUCCAGAAUCAAUAACAAAAUAGUUACUAAGACUGGGAGUAUAAAAGAUUGUUAUGUCUGUGAGGUUGGACCUGGUCCUGGUAACAUCACUCGUGCCAUAUUACAAAACGGAGCUAAACAAGUUGUGGUUAUUGAAAAAGAUGCUCGAUUUCUACCAUCUUUAGAAAUUCUUGCAGAUGCUGCAGAAGGAAAAUUAAAAAUUUUAGUUGGGGACAUUAUGGACCUCAAUUUAGAAAAUAUAUUUCCUAGGGAAAUUGCUUGUGAAUGGACUGUCCAUCCACCACCUGUGUACAUAAUUGGCAACUUACCAUUUAAUGUGUCAACACCAUUAAUAAUUAAGUGGCUGAGACAUUGUGCCGAUCAUACUGGGCCAUUUGUUUAUGGAAGAACAAAACUUGCUCUCACAUUUCAGCGUGAGGUUGCGCAACGAAUGGUAGCUGCACCCGGUUCGGACAUGAGAUGCAGAUUGUCGGUUGUUUGCCAAUAUUUGUGCGUUGUGGACCACAUGUUUACGAUUCCAGGAAAAGCUUUUUUUCCAAAACCUGAAGUUGAUGUUGGUGUUGUAAAAUUUGUGCCAAGAAUAAAGCCUUUAAUUAAUCAACCAUUUAAGCUUAUAAACAAAGUUGUAACUACGAUAUUUAAUCACCGCCAAAAGUAUUGCCUGUACGGAAUCAAAUUAUUAUUUCCAGAAAACAAACCAGAACUGUUACAAGAAUAUUUGAGAAGAACUGCAAUAAAUUGUGAGAAAAGAUCUUUCCAGUUGGAAAUGGAAGAAUUUAAAACUUUGUGUGAUGUAUAUAGUGAAUUUUGUGAAACUCACAAAGGACUGUUAGAAUAUAACUGGCAGUUACAUAGAAAAUCAGAUUAUCAUUUUGAAAAUGAUGAAACUGUAGAUUCUAAUAAAUAGUUUUAUA